AUGGCCAAGAUGGAAGCUAUGAUUGCAGACCUUUUCAAGGAAAUUAAAGACAUGAAAAAAUUUCAGGAGGAAGUAGUAUCCAAUUGGCAAAACCAAGAUGCUGCUACUCAGAAACUUGAAGCACAAAUUGGAUACUUGUCCAAGAAAGCUCCUGGGCACAGUUUAGGUAAUGCCACCCGGACAACUUCAAAAGAGGAAUGCAAAGCUAUUACCCUCAGAAGUGGAAAAGAAUUGAAAGAGACUCCAAGGGAGACUCAAGAAGAGAAGGAAGAGGGCAGUUCAAAUGCCAAGGAAGAAGCACAAAUACCUGUUCCCAACCCAUCAGAAGAGAAAGAAGUUCUAAGGCCAUAUGUCCCAAAGGCUCCUUACCCUCAGCGCCUAAUGAAGAAUGCAAAAGACAGCCAAUUCUCCAAAUUUUUGGAGAUUUUCAAGAAACUUCAGAUCAACAUUCCCUUUGCAAAAGCACUAGAACAAAUGCCACUUUAUGCUAAGUUUCUAAAGGAAUUGAUGACCAACAAGAGAAGCUGGAGGAAUGAUGAAACUGUGGUUUUAAUGGAGGAAUGUAGUGCUAUCAUCCAACACAAGCUGUCUCAAAAAUUGAAGAACCCAGGAAUCUUCCAAAUUCCCUGCAUCAUAGGGGAAAUAACAGUUGAAAAAGCAUUAUGUGACUUGGAAGCUAGUAUAAAUUUGAUGUCCUUAACAAUGAUGAAGAGAAUGAAGAUUGAGGAAGCCAAACCAACAAGAAUGACUCUCCAAUUGGCAGAUCGAUCAUUCAAAUUCCCUCAUAGAAUAGUAGAAGACUUGUUAGUGAAAGUAGGAGACUUCAUCUUCCCUGCUGACUUUGUGGUAUUGGAUAUGGAGGAAGAAGUUAAGGCUUCAAUAAUUUUGGGGAGGCCAUUUUUAGCUACUGCUGGAGCCAUCAUUGAUGUCCAAAAGGGUGAACUAACCCUUAGGCUACAUGAUGAGAGAAUGGUAUUCAAUGUAUUCAAGGCCAUGAGCUAUCCACCAGAAUCACUAGGAGAGUGUAUGAGGCUAGAUGCAGUGGAAACUGUGGUGCAAGAAACCUUUGAAGAAGCACUUGAAAGAUUGACAGAGGGUGAUUCCAUGUUAAAUAUUGAGGUUGCUGAUGUUAACUCAGCUAAAAUGUCUAUUCCAAGCACAUUGGAGGGGAGGAAAAAGGAGAAAGAAGCACCCAAACUGGAGCUGAAAGCACUGCCUCCUACUCUCAAGUAUGCAUAA